AUGAGCUCUGCAGCAAAACAAAACAAUGUCGGGAUUGACUUGGCGGGAAAGAACGUCGCCGUCGCAGGUGGUACACAGGUCCGUUGACUGACUCUCCAUCCGACGUAGGCUCGAUCGGGAGGCGCUGACCGCUCGCAUGUGGGGGUGUCAUACCUCCCAGGGGAUCGGAGCCGCCACCGCGAUUCGGUUCGCUCAAGCUGGCGCAGACUCGGUCUACAUCAUCGGCAGGAACAAGGAAAAGGCCGAUGAGGUCGUGCGAGAGUUGAAGCGAGCUGGAGCAAAUGCGCCCGACACCAAGACGUACGAGUUCAUUCAGGCCGACCUCUCGUCAGUUGUUCAACCACUUGCUGCUUCGCCGCCAUGGAGCGAUACGGCUCAUCCUGAUUACCACUUGGCGGUUUAUUGUUCUGCUCUGAUAUCCCGUCAGACUCGUCAGCAACGUCCAAAAAGUUGUUGAAGAGCUCAAGACCAAGGCUGGAGACAAGGGGAUCCACUACCUCAUCACUACACAAGGUUCGUUCUGGGUCCGGCCCCUCGGGCCCGAAGUGGAGAGAUUACUGCUGACUUGCGCGCGGUGUCCUCCAACUACCUUUUAGGUGGACCUCCAAAUGGAAGCUUCUCCCUCACGGCCGAAGACCACGAGAAGCGAUUCGCUAUUCAACACAUCUCACGCUUCGGUCUCGCUUACCUGUUGGCCGAAUCGAAGACGUUGAAAGAAGCUUGGAUCACCGUCUGCGCGCCUUCCGGGACCAACUCGGCUGCACCGGAUUUGGAUGAUUUGGAGCUGAAGGACCAAGGAAUGAGCUGGGUCAAGAGGUUCAUGAAACAGGCCAAGCAGGAUGGCGCGAUCGAGGAUGGACUGGUUUCAGUUCGUCUCUUCUCUCUUCAAGCCCCUGGCUCCCGUGGGCUCUUCCUUUCGACUGGAGACGGCAGUAUUGAAGUUUCUUCUUCCCGACCGUACAACAGACCUUUCCGAAAAAGUACCCUCAUCUCCGAGCGUUCCAUCUCUUCCCAGGCUACGUCCACACGUGAGCACAAUCAUAUGGUCCUUGACCGCGCCUCGCCAAAGUUGUAUUACCCUACAUCAAUCACUGACACGUUUCCUACAUACAUAACCCGUCCUACUCGUCCAGCCAAGCCGCGGCGAACCAAGGUUUCCCAUACCCCAUCACGUUGGCGCAAUCCAUCUUUGGCCCCUUGCUCACCUACACCCCGCUCGGCAACACCCCUCAAUCCUUCGCCGACAUCCCCGUAUACCUAGCCGCGAACCCUAACGCGCCGACCAAUCGAGUAGGGAAAAGCUACUUUAUGAAUCAAAGGAUGAAGGAUGUGGGUGAACCAAAGUGGUGUGUGGCCGAGGGUGGAAGGGAUAGGGAGAGAUUGUGGGAGGCUUUCAAAGGGUUUUACGAGUGA